AUCCAAAAGCUCAUCACACCAUUAUAAAACCACAUUCUCCUCUGUUGUUUCUUUGUUAUACUUCUGCAUUGCCUCAUCGAUCAUGUGCUAAAAACACACACUGUCAACACACACACAGAGUAACAAAUUAAACAUCAUCGAUCACUGAUCAGAAAUGAAGAUCAAUUCGAAUUAAAUGAACCUUGCUGCAGUCCAUUAAAGGUCGAUAUGGUGUUCUUGAGGAGACGGCUCGCUUGUUGUACACGGAACAAGGAAAUCGGCAACUGGAGCAUCGACUUUGAUCGACCAUCAAACGGAAUUAUGACAUAUAAUGGGCUUGAGAACUGCAUUCUCAGUUCAAAUUCCUGUGAGGAUGAAAGUGUCGCAAGUAGAGGAGAUGAGUAUCCUACUGACUCCCUUGACGAAGAUGAUUCAACUUGUUCUUCUAGCAACAAUGCUUCGGGAUCAUUUUCUCAAUGGACAAUGAUGAAAAAAGAUGAACAGCAACCAGACGAAUGGGAAUGUUCGGAAACCCCCCCAAAAAAUGUUACCAAAGAAAAACCAUCACUGAUAGUACAUAUCUCUGACGUGGAAAUAAUGAAAGAAAAAUUUGCAAAACUGUUGUUGGGUGAAGAUACUACGGGAGGGAGCAAGGGUCACUCAUCUGCUUUGGCUUUGUCUAACUCCAUAACAAAGCUUGCUGGAGCUGUAUUUGGGGAGCUUUGGAAACUGGAGCCUCUGCCAGAGGAGAGAAAAAGCAACUGGAGAACAGAGAUGGAGUGGUUACUUGCGCCUACAAACUAUAUGGUCGAGUUGGUUCCUGCUAAGCAAUAUGGUUCCAAUGGCCGAACUCUAGAGAUCAUGAGACCAAAAGCUCGUGGAGACAUUCACAUGAAUCUCCCAGCACUACGCAAAUUGGACUCCAUGCUUCUUGAAACUCUAGAUGCUAUGACAAACAUGGAAUUUUGGUAUGAAGAUGCAAAAGGAAAGAACAGGGGUAUAGAAGAAAGCAAAACAUGGUGGCUUCCUACACCACAAGUACCCAUAGGUGGACUUUCCGAUGGCGAGAGGAAAAAGUUGCUCAAUCAGGCAAAGUUGGUCCACCAAAUUUUCAAGGCUGCCAAAGCUAUAAAUGAAACUAUCCUGCUUGAAAUGCCUAUACCAAAUAUCAUCAGCGAGGCACUUCCUAAGUCGGCAAAGGCAAGUCUUGGUGAUGAUCUUUAUAGGACAUUAAAUACAGCCUCUUCAUCAGCUGCCGGAAUGCUUAAAUUACUAAACUUGAAAUCGGAACACAGUGCUCUUGAUACUAUUAACAGACUUCAAGCAGCAGUAUACACAUGGAAAGAGAGAAUUUCGAUACAAGCCAGAGCUAGAUCUCCCGCAAGAACAUCAUGGUCCUUCAAAGAUCCUUCUAUGGAGCUCAAUAAGAUUGACUUUUUAAUAAACCGAGCUGAAGUUCUUUUGCAGCAAAUCAGAACCAGAUACCCCAACCUUCCCCAAACCUUUCUCGAUGUUAUGAAAAUUCAAAAUGGAAAGGAUAUUGCACACGCCAUUUUAGAAGCUUAUUCUCGUGUACUUGGAAACUUGGCAUUCAACAUACUGGCUAGAAUUGGAGACAUUUGUCAAGCGGAUGUAUCAGUCGAUCCUAAUUCACCAUUGGCAAAGAUUAGCCUUCCAGGGUUAAAUGUUUACGGAAUAUCAGGUAUUUCUAUUUCCAGUAUUAGUGCAAGGUACACAUCAGUUGAUAAGAUGAAUAGCAUAGAAGGGAAGUUGAGUUUGUUAAAAGACGAAAAGGCUUCAUAUACCUCUGCUUUAAGUGACGAGACAUAUACAAAUUCGGUCACAGCAACCCCUAGUAGAAGCCCUCGAUGUUGUAUGGGUAAAGAGGCUUGAUUUACACCUCCAAAUAUGUCACCCUAGUUUUGGAUAUGUAUAUCAGUAUAUGUAAAUGAUAGUACUUGAUAAUACUAUACAAAAACUCAUGCUUUGGUAUGUAAGAAUCAGGACAAACUAAACCAUAUAAUCACAUAGCUCGGUGAUUAAUUAACAUCAAGCAAGUUUCACCUA